AUGAAUUUACAAGGAAACAAAACUGUCGAGGAGCUACAACGUCAGCUAGAAGCCGUUAACGCACGGAAUUCACAGCUCGAGCAGUUCGUGCAAAGUCAACUCAGAGGAGAUCCUGCAGUAUUGGAUCAAGUCGCCCAAAAUUUCCAGGCACCCUUUCAAAUCUCCAGCAAUGCCGUCUCAAAUUCACGAAGUAGUGGUCUCUCUCGUAGCAAGUCGACCAUCACAUACCCUACCCAAGUGAAGUCUGCCAUCACGGAACGACAUAUUGGCCUUCAGGCACAUAAGCGCGAGAGGAGAGCCUUUUCUCAACAGUCCAGCUCUGCCCUUCCCAUGAGCCGCAGUGUGUCAAAUCGUUCAGACUCGCACAUGCCUUUCUCACAAACUGGCAACCGCAUCGCUCCUUUGAGUGCUUCCAUGGACCGAUUCAGCUCUCCUCAAAAUGAGUCAACUAGCCUACCCCUCGAGGGCGCAUCAAAUCAACUACCUAGUGUUCAGGAGAACCAGCCUCUACUCAACAUCGGCAUGGACCCCGAAGAUUUCCUAAAACAGUGCCCCGAGCCGUGGGUUGGCCCUCAGCACUACGACACAACCUACUCGGGACUCGCUUACAACCUGGCGCCCGACAACUCGUUCUCUAGCCUUUCAAAUGCUCCCUGCAGUUACCCCAUGUCUUCGGCCUGCCCCUCCAUGAUCUCGGGUCCCUCUGCUGCCGAGGCUGGAAGCCCUCUGACCCGACAGAACAGCUCUUUCGACAACUACGGCAUUGGCAUGGAGCGCAUGGAAUCAUCUCAAUCUCAGGCUGAUGCGCUCUAUGUCUCUGAUCUUUCCCCCGAUCCCGCCAGCAUGUACCCCACCGGCAAGCAGUACACUUCUGAGCAUGACCUGUUCGGUCUCGGCGCCAAUCUCUCUCCCGCCAAUGUCCAACAGUACAUCGACGCCCAUGGAAACACUUUGAUGACAUCGCCAGAAUCUACCGACAUGGAGCGCUCUUGCUCCAACACCAGCAUGUCCAGUGUUCGAUCAAAUGCCUCCAACCUUGAACGUCGAGCAAAGGAAGCUCGUGAGCGUGUCCUUCAAGCUGCCAAGACCAUCCAACUCGCCCCGAAGCCGAAGGAUGAACUUGCCAGGAACGAAGCCAACUUGAACACUGCCAACAAAGAGCCUAAAUUGCCUGUCAACAAGAGCAACUACCAGCGCCCCAAGCACCCCAAGGUCUACUGCACUCAGUGCACUGAGCACCCUGACGGCUUCCGAGGUGACCAUGAGCUUCGCCGACAUGUCAACGCCAAGCACGAGGGCACUGUCAAGAAGUUUGUCUGCCGUGAUCCUGCGACCGUCGGCAUCGAGACCGGUGUCAAGGCUGUCAACCCCUUGUCCAAGUGCAAGGCAUGCAUCUCUGGGAAAGAGUAUGGUGCUUACUACAACGCCGCUGCGCAUCUACGACGUACUCAUUUCAAGCCCAAGACUCCCCGCGGCAAGAAGGGUGCUAACUCUGAUGAGAAGCGUGGUGGUAAGGGUGGAGGUGAUUGGCCCCCCAUGUCCGAGUUAAAGGCCUGGUUCGUCGAGAAGAAGGUCAAAGUUGACUUCAACGAUUCUCCCAUGCCUGAUCAAGAUGAUGCCGACGACAUGGUUGAUGGUGAGACUGAAGGUUCAAUGCCUCCCCAAAUGGACAUGUUCCAAGGCAUUGGUAGCAACAUGAGCCCAUAUCAUAUGGAGACUGGUUAUGAUCUUGCCGUCGACGGUGCCGCCGACCCCGCUAUGAUGGCUAGUGUCAAUGGCGAACUUGGUAUUCCCGCUCCCAUCUCAUCUGCCUCCGGCAACUUUGGUUACGCAACCUUCAAUGGCUCACCCAUGGGGCUCACUGAUAACUAUGCUUUUUCCGAGCAUGCCAAUUCCGCCUAUGGCUCUGCCCUCUCAUCCUCUAACACCAUCACUCCGGCUACUUUUCAAGACAUGUCUCAUUUGAGCAUGCAUGACACUGCUCUAUGGGCCGCUUGA